ACACGAAGUUUUAUGUCAAUAGUUACUGUUUUACCUCAUUACACUAAUUCAACUAUCGUAAAUUAAUUAUUUCAUUGAUCAGUUUCUUCUUCUGAACGUCCUCUUCCUUCAGUUCAGCUGUUAAUACUGGAGUAUUCCCAUCAGUCUACAAGUGAAGACGAGCAUCAGACCAUCAGGAAGAAGAGAAAUCUGCAAAGACAGAGUUUAUUAAAGGACAGUGAGAAGAUGAGUGAUCCAGAACCCUGCAGAAUUAAACAGGAAGAGACUGAAGAACCAAUAGGUGUGAUGGUGAAGGAGGAGAGUGAAGAACUGCGUGAAGAUGAGGAGAAACAUCAUGUCAAAAGUGAAGAAGAAACUCAAUCAGAGACUGAAGAUAGUAUUUUAAUGGAAAAACCAGAUGUAAAAGGUUUGACCUGCACUCAGUGUGGAAAGAGUUUCAGGAACAAACACACACUGAAGAGUCAUAUAAAGACUCACACUGGAGAGAAACCGUAUCACUGCACUGAUUGUGGGAAGAGGUUCAUGCAAUCGUGUUCUCUACGAAAACACAGAAAAAUCUAUCACAACCUGGUUGUGAAACAGGAGGAGAGCGACGAACCGAGUGACGCCAGGAAGGCUUAUCCAUGCUCUUUGUGUGGAAAGAGUUUUCAUAGACAGUCUAAUUUAAGACAACAUCAGCUGAUUCACACUGGAGAGAAACCGUACACAUGUACUCAGUGUGGGAGGGGUUUUAAACAACUGUCGAAUUUAAGAGUACAUCAGAAGAUCCACACUGGAGAGAAACCGAACACAUGUGAUCAAUGCGGCAGAGCAUUUACAAGGCGUUCAACUCUGAAGAACCAUCUUAGACUGCAUACAAACGAGAAGCCUUAUUCAUGUUCGUUAUGUACAAUGAGAUUUGCAUAUAAACAAAGUUUAAAAAAACAUCAGAAGAUCCACACUGGAGAGAAACCGAACACGUGUGAUCAAUGCGGCAAAGCAUUUACAAGGCUUUCAUCUCUGAAGAACCAUCUUAGACUGCAUACAAACAAGAAGCCUUAUUCAUGUUCGUUAUGUACAAUGAGAUUUGCAUAUAAACAAAGUUUAAAAAAACAUCAGAUGAUCCACACCGGUGUGAAACAGUUUGUCUGCUUUGGGUGUACAAAGACUUUUCUUAGAGCUGAAGACUUGAAACUGCACAUGAGGAUUCACACUGGAGAGAAACCGUACAAGUGUUCACACUGCGACAAGAGAUUUGACUAUGCAGAGUCACUGAUUCGAUCCAAGACCAACGACGAGAUGAUCCCAAGGUUUCCAUAUCCUGGACCAGGCCGUAUUCUGAGCAGCUACUGUGGUGGUCAUGGAGGAGUGGAGAACAUGAGACUGAUUCCUGUGACGCUCCAGAGACAGACGAGUCUUCGCUGAGGCCAGCUUCCAGCCUCCGCCACUGAGACUGCAGCUCUGCACAAGACGUUUGGCCAGCGGAGAAAUUAAAAUGGUCGUGCCCAACUGAGCCUGGUUUCUCUCAAGGUUUUUUUUCUUCACUUCCGCCUUUAGUGAAGUUUUUUUUUCCCUCUCCGCUGUCGCCACUGGCUUGCAUGUUUCGGGAUCUAUAGAGCUGCGCAUCGUUGGAUUUGCUCUUCAGUAUUUGGACUCUCAGUAGUGAUUUUUAAACCACACUGAACUGAGCUAAACUGAACUGAACUUAAACACUACAAACUUAACUACACUGUUCCUAUUUACUGUGACCUUUUAUGUGAAGCUGCUUUGACACAAUCUACAUUGUAUAAGCGCUAUACAAAUAAAGGUGAAUUGAACUGAAUUGAAUUAAUCCAGCAUCUCUAUAUUUCAGCCAAUUAUAUUUUCAAGGGCAGGAGAGAAACAUAAAGGCGGUCGCACAAGUCUUCACAUUGGUUUAUAUUCAUGUAAAGUCAGAAUCAUUAGUCCCCCUUUGAAUUUUUCUUCUUUUUUAAAUAUUUCCCAAAGGAUGUUUAACAGAGCAAGGAAAUUUUCACAGUAUGUCUGAUAAUAUUUUUUCUUCUGGAAAGUCUUAUUUGUUUUAUUUCGGCUAGAAUGAAAGUAGUUUUUAAUUUUUUAAACACCAUUUUAAGGUCAACAUUAUUAGCUCCUUUAAGCUAUAUAUUUUUCCGAUAGUCUACAGAACAAACCAUCGUUAUACAAUAACUUGCCUAAUUACCCUAACCUGCUUAGUUAACCUAAUUAACCUAGUUAAGCCUUUAAAUGUCACUUUAAGCUGUAUAGAAGUGUCUUGAAGAAUAUCUAGUCAAAUAUUAUUUACUGUCAUCAUGACAAAGAUAAAAUAAAUCAGUUAUUAGAGAUGAGUUAUUAACACUAUUAUGAUUAGAAAUGUGUUGAAGAAAUCUACCCUCUGUUAAACAGAAAUUGGGGACAAAAUAAACGAGGGCCAAUAAUUCAGGGAGCUAAUAAUUCUGACUUCAACUGUACAUUGCUCAGCGACGUGGACGCCUCCAAAUGGUGUUAAAAGUGACACAUACUGUAUUUAUUUGGUAUA